CUUCCCUAAAUGCACAGAAUAUGUAACUCAAUCAAGUAACAGCUCCUUCUCAUUCCAAAAACUCAAAGCAGAGUCACAUUUUCUACAGUGUUCUUCUCUCUAGCACUUCACAUGCAAAGGUUCAGCAGGUUUGAGUCAACACUGCUGGAUGAAGGAACCUCUGGAGCAUCAGCCUUAAAGCUCACUGAAGACUUCUUUUUGGCAGUUUAUUCCUCCUUUCUGAAWCACUGCAAGAAGAGUACUCCCAAGAGGCCUCCCUCCAUCAUCAAGAUGGAAAGAGACUCUGGAUAUUCCUCCACUGCUGAGAUGCAGAAGCAGGGAGAGAAGCUCUGGGAUGCCUUGAGGAUCAGUGCCUACGUCUUCAGUACAGGCCUGCUCAUGUUCACUGCUCUAGUGAACUCUGUUUCUUGGUUGAUGCAKAAUAUAGCUGUAGGCAAUUUCUGGCAAACAGUAUGGCUGAAGUUCUACGACCACAUGGAAGGAGAUGAGUGGACAAUCUUCCUUCUUGGGGCUGCAUUGGUGCCUGCACUUGCUUUCUGGGGCUUCAAUGGAAUCCUUCUGGUGGCUGAUAUAACAGGAAAGCCAACUUUCAUUACUCGCUAUCGCAUUCAGCUGGGCAAGAAUGAUCCUGUGGACACAAAGAAACUGCGCCAAGCCAUCUACACAGCGCUGGGUAAUCAGUUCUUUAUCUCCUUGCCCAUGCUUGUGCCCAUGUUCCACAUCAUGCAAUGGUGGGGCAACACUUUCAGCAAGGAAUUACCCACCUUCCAGUGGUUUCUUGUGGAGCUAAGCAUUUUUACUGUAAUAGAGGAAAUUCUCUUCUAUUAUUCACACAGGCUUGUUCACCACCCAGUCCUGUAUAAGCACAUCCACAAGAAGCACCAUGAGUGGACAGCUCCCAUUGGUGUGGUCUCCAUUUAUGCUCACCCAAUAGAGCACAUAGUGUCCAACACUCUGCCUGUCAUGACUGGGCCCAUGAUCAUGGGAUCUCACAUUGUUUCAAUCUCAGCGUGGUUCUCCCUCGCUCUUUUAACGACCAGCAUUUCUCACUGUGGCUACCAYCUGCCCUUCCUGCCAUCUCCAGAAUUCCAUGACUUCCACCACCUCAAGUUCAACCAGUGCUACGGAGUGCUGGGAGUGCUGGAUUAUCUGCAUGGCACGGACAGAAUGUUCAGACAAACCAAAGCCUUUGAGAGACACAAGGUCCUGCUCGGCCUCACGCCGCUCUCCGAAAGCAUCCCUGAGCCCCCCAAGAAAGCUGAGUGAGCCAGCCCAGCAGCUCUUGCCCAGCUGGGUAAUGAGCAGAGUGAGAGACAAUGAUUUAUGCCAAAUAGUAUUUUAAUUAAGAAACAAGUUAUUGUCCGCACAUAACAAAACAUGAAGCUGAAGUUAAAUAUGCUGCUUGAAAUGACUGCACUUCGGCUGCCAUUAUUUUCUAUCUAAGAAAAAAAAACCUGCUCUAGAAAUCUAUUUUUAAACUAAAUAUAAUGGUUUGUUUCUCAGUUACUUGCACUGUUCCUUGGUUCCAGCCGCCUGUGUAUGAGCCAGGUGUGUUCUGGGCCAAAUGGCUCUGGGUUCUCAUUAUUGAGGUUUUAGCACCAGUUUCCACAGRUGAUGAUUUGGCCUCUGUGGCAUCAUCUCCUCCUGCUGAGUGUCCCCUUGCUCUGAGACACAACCAAAACUGAUAAAUCGAGCAAAGAGAUUUUCCAAGGAAAGCAAAGUCCCUGCUGUCCUGAGCUGUGGGCAGAUUAGGGAAACCCUUUAAGGAAGAACCCAAGAAAGCAGCCCCCAGAGCAAUACACACAUCCCCUAGUACCUACAGACCAUCCAGACAUACURUGAAUUUUCUCAAGGAUCUUCUUAAGUCUCAAUCCUGCUUGGAACAAACAUUCCACAUCUUUCCCCAGUGCUAGAGCCCCUUAAGGAACAGGGACACAGGGCUGACCUGUGCUGCACUGACCGGUGGUCAGCCCAGCUCUACCUGUGGAACCAAAGUCACUUCCUCUGCUUCUGCAGCUCCUACAGCUGCACCAGAAUGAACCCACCCGCAGCUCCCUGGGGAGGGCAAGUCA